AUGUAAUUGUUUAUAUUAUAAAACUAAAAUAAUUAAAAUAACAAAUAAAAUCAAAAACAGAUCAUGAAAGAAGAUAACACUGAAUUAGAAGAUCCUUUAUUUGAAUAAGAAUUUGAUUAUAAAAGUGAAAAAGAUUAUAAUGAAUCUAAUACUGAACACUUUAUAAAUUUGUUCUAUGUAAAAAUGUUCAAAAAUAAUAAAAAAGAACCUCUUAAAGAUGUUUAGAAAGUUAAGGAAAGUAAACUGAAAAAAAAUAUUUUCUUCUGGUAUCAACUUUAAGAAAAUGAAGAAUUGAAUUGUUUACUUGAAAAUUUAAAAUUUAAUUUGUAAAUAUAUUAAUAUGAUUCUUAGUUUAAAGAUGUAAAAAUUAUAUACAAAUAAACACGUUAUAAUGAUAAUCUGGAUUUAAGAUUUAUUAAUAAAAAAGAUACUCCUAAAAGAUUUCUAUUUCAUUUUGUAGAGCGAAAAGUAAAUUUCAAUAAAAUCAAUGAGGAUAACAAGUACAUUUUAAGUGAAUCGUAAAAUAAAGCAGAGGGAAAAAAAUAAAAUAAUCUAUUAGAUGAGGAAAUUCAAAAGAAAGAAAAAAAUCUUAAAAUGAAUUAAAAAUAAAAUAAAAAAUCUUAUUUUUUUGUAAAAAAAUUUGAUUAUAAAAGUCAAGGAGAUUAUAUUAAAUCUGAUCCUAUAAAAUCUAUAAAUUCGUUCUAUGAAAAAAUGUUCAAGGGAAAAGAAAAUUUAAGCUAUGAAUCUAUUCCAAAUGUUUAGAAACUUAAUGAAAUUGAACUUGAACUUGAAAAAAAUACUUUCUUCUGGUAUCAAUUUUAAGAAAAUGAAAAAGAAUUGGAAAGUGUAUUUGAGGAAUUGAACUGUGGUGGCAAAAAUUAACGUUCUGUUUAAAGCUAAAAUUUUCAAUACAUUCAAAUACCUUAUAAUGAAAAUCUGGAUUUAAGAUUAAUUAGAUUAAUUAAAUAAAAUGAAGUGACUAAAAGAGUACUUUGUCAUUUUGUAGAGCCAAAAUAAAUUAAUGAAAAAUUAUAAGAGGAAUUUAAGUACUAUUUUUGUGAAUCGUAAAUAGAAGAAGAAGAAGAAGAAGAAGAAGAAAAAGAAGAAGAAGAAGAGGAAGAAAAAAAUAAUAAUCGAUUGAAUGAGGAAAUUCAAAUGAAAGAAAUAAUGGCAAAUACGAAAAACAAAAAGGAUCAAAACACUAAAUCACCUCCUUAAUAUUUAUAUGAGGAAUAAGAUUUAGAAGAUCAACACACUUCAGAUUUAGGUGAAAUCUAGAGUUCUGAAUCUCUGUAAGAUGAGGAGGAUUUUAACAAGAAAGGAUAACCAACAAAAAAGAUUAAAACUCAAGAAAAUAUGGAUAAAGAUGAAUAGAUCCCAGAUACUAAACCUUCCUUGAAUUGUGCAAAUACGAGCGACAAAGAAAUAUUUAAAAAACUUUAAUUUGACCAUUUAGAAAGUUUCUAAAAUUCAUAAAUUUAAUAUAAAAAUUCUUACAAGCUAUUCUUAAAUGGGUAAGAUACAUAUACUAAUAAAUCUAUAGUAUUGAAUCGCAUCUUAACACAACUUAAUUCAAAUGAUGAAUUAUAGUUGGCCUUACUAGAAGCUAUUAAACUAAAUGAAUGA